AUGUCUACGAUCAACCCGGCUUUCGAGGACGCCAUCCGAGUCACGCCGCAAGGGCCCGGCAAGUAUAACGCCCAUCUGCGGCCCGAAUGGUGCAUUGGAACUGUCCCCCAUGGCGGAUAUACCACCGCCGUCUUCUACCGCCUGGCACUCACGCACUUCGCACACGCCCACCCCACACACUACAAUAGCCCAGCCACGCCGAUCUCCCUGCAGCUCUCAUUUCUGCGCCGCACAGCCGCAGGCCCAGCAACUCUGGAGGUCGAAGAUGCCAAGUUAGGCGCGCGCACCAGCACCAUCCACGUGAAACUCCUCCAGACAUCAGAGAAGAAACCCAGCGAGCUGGAAGUGAAAGUGACCGGCUACAUCACCGUCAGCCCCGCCAGCGCUGAGGUAGGCAUCAGCGCACCGACAGGAUGGAGGCCACAGCCCGCCGUGCCGCGCGGGUCUCUCGCCGACGGCGGAGUCGAUCUGGCAGCGCUGGCGCGCACCGGACACGACGGCGCAUGGACAAAACGCGACCCUCCGUACCCGGAGUUCCGGCGCGCAGCGACCCAGCUGGAACUCUACGGGCUGGGUAAGGGACCUGUGCAGCAGCAGCAGAAGAAGCAGCAGUCGAGAACUAUGGCCGUGGACCAGUGGGCGCGGUUUCGGCCCGGCGGCGAUGCAAGCGGGCGCUGGACGGACGCUGCGGUCGUGUAUCUGCUCGACAUGUUCCCCAUGGCUCUCGACGGGCUCGAUACCAUGUCGGCGACGGCGGAGGCUCGGGAUCGCGGCACGUCUGUGUCGGACCACAAGGCGAAGUUCUGGUAUCCGACUGUCACGCUUAAUGUCGAUCUCAAGAAGCGGUUGCCUGCUGCUGGGGUUGAGUGGCUGUAUUCUCGGGUUGUGACCAAGGCUGUGCGGGAUGGCCGUACGGAUUUGGAUGUUACGGUCCUCGAUGAGAAGGGCGAGAUUGUUGCCCUCAGUACCCAGGUCGGGUUGGUGGUUAGUGCCAGUCGGAAUUUGGGGUCGAGGAAGAUGCAGAAGCUGUAG